CCGCCAUCUUGGACCGGGCCCGGUCAGCUUCCGCGGAGCCAUCGGCCGACGCCGCUGCCUCCCUUGAGUCCCGACCCCCGUCGUCAGAACAACCCCGGACCCACUCCCCCCGCCCCACUUCCGCUUCGCGCCGCUCUCGCGCAGCGCCCGAGGGUCCGGGGCGCCAGAAAACGGCGGCGGGCGUUCGCCUCCCCCGCCUGUCGCGAUAGCUCCUCAGCGGCGGCGCCAGCUCCUGUGCAGCCUCCAGCAGCGGCCGAGCCGGGGAGAGUAUGAAGAGAGCGCAUCUGUAGGCCAGGGAAGAUGGCGGACAAGCGCAAACUCCAAGGUGAGAUUGAUCGCUGCCUGAAGAAGGUGUCCGAAGGCGUGGAGCAGUUUGAAGACAUUUGGCAGAAGCUCCACAACGCAGCCAAUGCGAAUCAGAAGGAGAAGUAUGAGGCCGACCUGAAGAAGGAGAUUAAGAAGCUACAACGGCUGAGGGACCAGAUCAAGACAUGGGUAGCCUCCAACGAGAUCAAGGACAAGCGGCAGCUUAUCGACAACCGCAAGCUCAUCGAGACGCAAAUGGAACGGUUCAAGGUUGUGGAGCGAGAGACCAAGACCAAAGCUUACAGCAAGGAGGGCCUGGGCCUGGCCCAGAAGGUGGACCCUGCCCAGAAGGAGAAGGAAGAGGUUGGCCAGUGGCUCACGAACACCAUCGACACCCUGAACAUGCAGGUGGACCAGUUUGAGAGCGAGGUGGAGUCCCUGUCGGUGCAGACGCGCAAGAAGAAGGGCGACAAGGAUAAGCAGGACCGGAUCGAGGGCCUGAAGCGGCACAUCGAGAAGCACCGCUACCACGUGCGCAUGCUGGAGACCAUCCUGCGCAUGCUGGACAACGACUCCAUCCUCGUGGACGCCAUCCGCAAGAUCAAGGAUGACGUCGAGUACUAUGUCGACUCGUCCCAGGACCCCGACUUCGAGGAGAACGAGUUUCUCUACGAUGACCUGGACCUCGAGGACAUUCCGCAGGCGCUGGUCGCCACCUCCCCGCCGAGCCACAGCCACAUGGAGGACGAGAUCUUCAAUCAGUCCAGCAGCACGCCCACCUCCACCACGUCCAGCUCGCCCAUCCCACCCAGCCCGGCCAACUGCACCACGGAGAACUCUGAAGACGACAAGAAGCGGGGGCGCUCCACAGACAGCGAGGUCAGCCAGUCUCCAGCCAAAAACGGCUCCAAGCCUGUCCACAGCAGCCAGCACCCCCAGUCCCCAGCUGUGCCGCCCACUUACCCCUCGGGGCCCCUGCCCGCCACCUCCACCUUGAGCGCCACCCCUGGCAACAAUGGGGCCUCUGCCCCCACAGCACCGCCAAGUGCCCUGGGCCCCAAGGCCAGCCCAGCUCCCAGUCAUACUUCGGGCACCCCUGCCCCCUAUGCACAGGCCGUGGCCCCGCCUGCUGCCAGCGGGCCUGGUAGUGCCCAGCCCCGGCCCCCCAGCGCCCAGCCCAGCGGCGGGAGUGGCGGAAGUGCUGGAGGCAGCGGCGGUGGGGCUAGCAAGCAGAACGGCGCCUCCAGCUACAGCUCCGUUGUGGCAGACAGCCCUGCAGAGGUGGCCCUGAGCGGCAGCGGGGGCAGCAGCACCAGCAGCCAGGCCCUGGGCCCCGCCUCAGGCGCACACAACCCGCCUCCCAGCUCCGCGAAGGACUCCAGUGCAGCUGCCCCGACGGGGGCUGGGGGUGUGGCCCCCGGCUCAGGGAACAAUUCUGGGGGCCCCAGCCUCCUGGUGCCGCUGCCUGUGAACCCCCCCAGCUCUCCGACGCCCAGCUUCAGCGAGGGCAAGGCGGCUGGGGCCCUGCUCAAUGGGCCCCCGCAGUUCAGCAGCGCCCCGGAGAUCAAGGCCCCCGAGCCCCUGAGCUCCCUGAAGUCCAUGGCCGAGCGCGCGGCCAUCAGUUCGGGCAUCGAGGACCCCGUGCCAACGCUGCACCUGACGGAGCGAGACAUCAUCCUGAGCAGCACCUCGGCUCCCCCCGCCUCGGCCCAGCCGCCCCUGCAGCUGUCUGAGGUGAACAUCCCGCUGUCUCUGGGUGUGUGCCCGCUGGGACCGGUGCCCCUCACCAAGGAGCAGCUCUACCAGCAGGCCAUGGAGGAGGCCGCCUGGCACCACAUGCCGCACCCCUCCGACUCCGAGCGCAUCCGGCAGUACCUGCCCCGGAACCCCUGCCCGACGCCCCCCUACCACCACCAGAUGCCGCCCCCGCACUCGGACACUGUGGAGUUCUACCAGCGCCUGUCCACCGAGACGCUCUUCUUCAUCUUCUACUAUCUGGAGGGCACUAAGGCACAGUACUUGGCGGCCAAGGCCCUGAAGAAGCAGUCGUGGCGGUUCCACACCAAGUACAUGAUGUGGUUCCAGAGGCACGAGGAGCCCAAGACCAUCACCGACGAGUUCGAGCAGGGCACCUACAUCUACUUCGACUACGAGAAGUGGGGCCAGCGCAAGAAGGAAGGCUUCACCUUCGAGUACCGCUACCUGGAGGACCGGGACCUCCAGUGACACCGGGCCCCACCCGACCCUCCCCGCAUGCUGACGCCCCGCCCAGGUGAGGGCCCUGCCCCACGACGGGGAGGCCCAGGCCACGGGCACCCCCUCCCCAGGAAGCUGGGAGGGGGCCGGGAGGUCCUCUCAGCCCCACCCUGGGGCCCAGGGGCGAGGCCUGCCCCCUCCUCCCCUCCCCAGUGAGGGACAUUUUUUGGUAAACCUAUUUUCAUUUUGGAAAAUAUUUAUGAAUAAAUAGUUUUAUAUGA